CAUCAUCAUCGUCAUCAUCAUCAUUAUAUAUCUAUCAUCACCAUUAUCAUCACUAUUGAGUUAAUAAUAGUAAUGGCAUAACUGAUAUUGUCAUCAUAGAAGAUUCAUACUGUACGAAUAAUACCCACAGUGCCCAAGGCUGGCUCUCGGUUCUAACCUCUUUAAAAGGAAGUAGUGUCAUGCAGCUGUGCCACGUCGGUCAUCUCAUAUUCCAGAAGGCAAAACCGAAGACUAAUUGAAAUAAAACGUAGAUAGCUAGAUGUGUCUUUUUGUAGUAUGACUUUUCUACAGAGCGUAGAUGUCGGCCAGAGAGAAAUGUUUGAUUAACCGUUCAAUUAUUCUUCGAUGGUGUCUGACAUUGGACUAUCGACAACAGCGCUCAUUAUGGCUAAAGUAUUCCGUAUCUGUCAUAUAUUGUGCUUACUCUUAGUCUCAUUUUGUGAGUAAAGAAAGUAACAAACUUUAAAAAGAACGAGAAUUAAGUACAUUUCAGCUAAACAACAGUAUAAGCAAUACCAGGAGCGCAAUUUAUCCGUAACAUAAGGCAGGGCGCUGAGUAUUUGUCAAGAACCAUGAAGGUGGUAGGAGUCAUUGGAGCUGGGGCAGCGGGUCUCUGUGCUACUCGACACAUCUUGUCCUCAGAGGAGCUGACCCCAAUAGUAUGGGAACAGUCGUCGCAGAUAGGUGGCACAUGGAGGCUCUCGAAAGAUAUUGGGACAGAUAGCAGAGGGUUUCCAGUACACUCAAGCAUGUAUGAGAGCCUGAGGACCGAUUUACCAAAAUUGAUAAUGAAAUUCCCGGAUUUUGACUUUCCAAGUAAGGUAGAAUCUUUUGUUCAUCACACAGCUGUUCUUAAAUACCUGGAAGAUUAUGCUGAUCACUUCAAUCUUCAUCCAUACAUUAAACUGGGCCACCAUGUAGAGAAUGUGUCUGUAUUGGAGAGUGACGAAGGGCCUCCAUGCUGGGCUGUUACAGUGAAAGAUCUGUCUACUGAUGUAGUCAGUACUGUCACCUGUGAUGCCUUGCUUGUUUGUAAUGGGCACUUCUCCACACCUCAAAAGCCACUUAUUGAAGGGAUUGAGGAUUUCAAGGGUCGACAAAUUCACAGUCAUGACUAUCGUGAACCAUCACCAUACACAGAUUCCAGAGUUAUAAUCCUUGGUGCUGGGGCCUCUGGGCUGGAUAUUUUAAUGGAAGUAUCUGCUGUUGCCAAGGAGGUACUUCUUUCUCACAACCUGCCUGUUCCCUUCCCUUCUGAGUUGCCUCCAAAUGUCAAACAAGGUUCAGGCAUAAUGAAAGCGUCGGAAAAUGGUUUUUAUCUUAAAGACGGAAGUUUCCAAGAAGCAGAUUGCAUAAUAUACUGCACUGGCUAUAAAUAUACCUUCCCAUUUCUUGAAGAUAAAUGUGGCAUCACAGUUGAGAAUAACCAUGUAAAGCCACUGUACAAACAAAUCAUCAAUGCUUCCUUUCCUACCAUGGGGUUUAUAGGAAUCCCAUCACGUAUCAUUGUGUUCCCACUCAUAAACUACCAGGUACAGUACUUCCUUGCAACCUUAACAGGGAAAACUUGUUUACCAAGGACAGCUGAAAUGAAAUCAGAGAUUGAAGCCUAUGCUGGAGAGAGGAAGAAGCAAGGAUGGAAAGAAAACCAGUACCACAUCCUGCAAAAUGACCAAUUCCAAUACAUGGAAGACCUGGCAACUCUGGCUGGCAUAAAAUUGCCUUCUCCACACCUGAAAAAGAUCUGGGAUGUGGUCAUUCCUCGUCUGCUUUUCUCCUUUCCAAUCUUCAAGACCUAUGAGUAUUCCCUUGGAGAAGAUGGGGCAUUAGUUGAGAAAUGGGAGGGCAAGGGAGUCAGCACAUCAUGGGACCUUACAAUACUGACGGCUAAACAGGUAUCCCGGCUCCUGUGGUACAAUUUUCCAAAGAUUGCAUAUAUUUUGGGCUCUUCAAUUCUUAAGAAAUUAAAGGGUUUUGUUGGAUUGUGAUGUUCCAUGCAUAUUUUCAGAGUUUAUGUAGGGUAUGUUCUUCUGUAAUUACUGAUGUAAUGCAAAGUGUAUUUUUAAUAAUUACUUGUUAUGGCAAGAUUAAAAAAUUUGCAAGCAUUUUAUGUGUGCUGAAUCAGUAGAAGAGCAUUUAAUUAUUGCCAUAAUGAAAUUGGAAAAUGAUAUUUUUUUAUGAAACUAUCUGACCCUUCUUUUAACACUACUUUCUUUAUAGAUAAUUUUAGUUGAAAGAAGGCUGACAAUGACAGAUUAAUAUGUAUCUUCAAUAUUUGCUUUUGUUUGACAUGUAAUAAAUGUUAAUAUACUAAAUACAUGGAAGGAUAUUAGGAUAAGUGGGCAGAUCAAGGGGAUGAAAUGGAAAAGGACAGGAGAAAAGACCAUGCAAAAUUAGUUGAAGCAAAGGCUGAGGACCAAGGUAAGGGUGACACUCUACCUCAGGCCUCAGUGCCCAUCUCCUAAGCCCCCUCAUGGCAACAACCAAGGGAUUGAGGGGGGGGGGGCUUAGUAACAGUAGAGGAGGCUGUAGAUGAAUGGUAGCUGAUCAAUUCUAGCUUUAUCAAGUUCAGUAAAAGAAUCAGUCUCUUUGGGCAUCUUUUGCAGAUGUUUUUAAUUAACUCCUUGGAUCUGUGUACCUUGCUGCCUGCAUGGUCCGGGCAUUAGGCUUAUUUGAGUGGCAAUUCUCGGGUAUGUGGCUUGUAGAGCUAUCCCACACGAACACUCAUGUGUGGUGUCAAAGGUGUCAAUUAUCAAAAAUGGC